AUGUCUUCCCAGUCCAUAAAAGUAGUAUUUGGCACUGCCUCAGUGGGCAAUCGCGACCCAUUUUCCAAGCCUGAGGAUCUUGAAAACGUGUAUUCCAUCAUCCUCAAGCACGGCGUAAAGACCCUCGACACCGCUCAACUUUACGGCAACUCUCAGGCCACUUUGGGCGCUACCAAGGCCGGUGAGAAAUUCACCAUCGAUACCAAGUGGGUUGGUGGAUUCUCCCAACCCGGCUGGUCAACUCGUGAGAAUAUCGUCAAGACUGGUAAAGACAGCCUCGAGAAAUUGGGCGUCAAGCAAGUCGACAUCUUCUACCUCCACAGCCCCGACGCGGCGACUGAUAUCAAAGAAACACUCGCCGGUGUUCAGGAGAUUUAUCAACUUGGACUGUUCAAGCGUUUUGGCUUGAGUAACUACACUGCCGAGGACGUGCAGAAAGUCUACGAUCAUGCCAAGGAGCAAGGCUACGUUUUGCCCACCGUCUACCAGGGAAACUACUCUCCAGCUGCUCGCAAACAAGAAGCAGUACUGUUCCCAACUCUCCGCAGGCUGGGUAUUGCCUUCUACGCAUAUAGUCCUCUGGCCGGUGGAUUCUUAACCAAGACCGCACAGCAGAUUAAAGAUGGGGCCGGCCGCUUCAGCGAGGACGCUUUAGGUGGCAUGUACAGGAGGAUGUAUGCCAAACCAGCACUCUUGAACGCACUAGAAAAAUGGGCUGCAAUUGCUGAGGAGGAGGGUGCCACAAAGGCAGAGCUAGCAUACCGCUGGGUCGCUUACAACAGUCCUCUGAAGAAAGAAAAUGGCGAUGCUAUCAUUGUCGGUGCAAGCAGUCACGAGCAAAUUGAGCAGACAUUGUCCGGGAUUGAGAAGGGAAAGUUGAGUGACAAAGCUGUUCAAGGAAUCGAUGAGAUUUGGGAGGAGAUCAAACACGAGGCACCACUGGACAACUUUGCUGGCUGA